AUGGCUAAUGAUCUUAGCACGAUUCUGAGUCUUCGGCACAGCACCCCAGCAGCCGCUCACCAUCCAUCAUUUGGCUCUGCCUAUACCUUUAUCCUCAUGUUCAUCACUUCCCAAAGAUACCUGUGUACCAGCCACACAGAACUGCUUGGAGUUUCCCAAACUCCUCCAGAACUGUGUGCCUCUGCCCAACACACCCUCAUCUUUUCCACUUACAUGGAAGCUGCACAGAACCCUCCAAGUCUCAGCUCCAGCCUGGCCCCUACUGCAGACUCUUUUCUGGAUCAGAAAACAGUUAACCUUUCCACAAAGAGGGUGCCGAAGGCAAAGAAGGAAGCCCCCACCCCUCCUGAAGUCCAAGCCAAAGCAAAGGCUUUGAAAACCAAGAAAGCAGUGUUGAGAGGCAUCCACGAUCUGAUCUGGAUGUCACCCACCUUCCUAUGGCCCCAAACACUGUGGCUCUGGAGGCAGCCCAAAUAUCCUUGGAAGAGCGCCCCUAGAAGAAACGAGCUUGACCACUGUGCCAUCAUCAAAUUCCCCCUCACUCGGUCAGCCUUGAAGAAGACAGAAGACAACACACCUGUGUUCACCAUGGAUGUCAAGGCCAACAAGCACCAGAUUAAACAGGCUGUGAAGAAGCUCUAUGACAUUGACUUGGCUAAGGUGAACCCUCUGAAGCCUGAUGGAGAGAAGGCAUAUGUUCGACUGGCUCCUGACUAUGAUGCUUUGGAUGCUGCUAAUAAAAUUGGGAUCAUCUAA